AUGCUGUCAGAUAACAUUAAACAAAAGAGCGAAAAGAAACUCAUUGCUGACUUCGACGCUGUUUCAUUAUAUCCAUCAGCUAUAGCAAGACUUUAUACUUUAGAAGGUAUUCCAAAGGUUAUGAAGAAAGAAAUGUUAAGCACAGAGUAUCUCAUGAGACAUUUAUUCGAUGACGACCAAAAGGAACCCAUUGGUGAAAAGUUUAUGUCUGGCUUCUUUGUUCUCAUUAAGAUAACAGAGAUUGGAAUACAUAGACACUUUCCUUUAAUAGUUUGUGACCCUGAACUAAAUCCAGAACUUAACGUUCCCAGAAGUUCAAACACUUGCUGUUUAAUGUAUGUUGACCAUAUAACAUUACAAGACCUCAUAAAAUAUCAAGGUGUCAAAUGUGAAGUGUUGCAAGGAUACUAUUACGAUGGAAACAGAGAUAUUAGAAUAAGAGAUGAAGUAAAGAAGUUGUUUGAGUUAAGGUUAAAGUAUAAGAAAGAAGGAAAUCCUUUGCAAGAAAAUAUAAAGCUCAUUCUGAACAGUAUUUAUGGCAAAACUAUUCUAUCUCCUAUUGAG